AUGCCGCUGAUACAUAAGGGUGUAGUGACAAGCGUGGGAAAGAUGUCAAAGACUAUCACAGUGACGGUACCGUUCAAAAAGCAUUUAGAACAGUACAAGACGGACAUUACACGACACAAAAAGUACCUCGUUCAUGAUGAGGGUCAUCAAUCCCACCUCAACGACAUUGUCACUAUCAUUCACCAGCAUCCCAAAUUCUCCCCUCGUAAAGCAUUCAGAUUACACGAGAUACAUCGACAGGGUCAAGACCCAUCAAAUUACGUGGACAAGGAUCCAGCAUGGGCCAAGAUCACGGCGCAGACAAAAGCCAACAGGGCAAGGGAGAAGGCCAAGGUGGUCAAAUUGGUCAAACUUGGGGAAAAGCAAAAGAAAUUGGCAAAGGGACGAGAUUUCUUGGGAGAUGUCAUCAACGCUGGAGAGGCUCCUUCCGGGACGACGUCGGCAUCAAAGCAAUCGGCGUCGUCGAAACGAUCCGGCGGGGGCAGCAAGGGUCCGACAGACACUACUGCGGAAGGCGAUGUGUCAUCUGAAUCCAGGAGUUCAGGUCCAAAGAGUCCAGCAGGUGGCAGUACGCAGAAACCAUGA